UCUGCACAACGAGUCUCGCGAGCGAUCGCGAAUAAAAUCGUUGGAGUGGCGGUUUCGCGGAACACGCGGCGAACGUGGGAAGCGGAAGUUGGUGCUCGAGGGUGGACGAGAUCGAGAUAUAUCGCUGGGGCGCGCGCAUGCCGACGAUAUCGCGCGACGGCGUGUCGCUGGAAAUUUUAUCAAUACCGCGGCGGCCAUCUAGUCUCGCUGGCAGUCGCUCGCGAAAAGUACGCGCCGAGAGCACCGAUCGACUCCCGACCGACUUGAACGAAGGGUGCCACCGUACGUAAGCCGAUCGACACAAAUCGACGAGGACUGCCGGAAUAGAAACACCCGAAAGCGAUCUGAUCUACAAGCAUGGCUACGGAGGGUGGUUUAGCACCGGAUGCAGCGGCUGGUGCAGGCGCGGGCACCGAUGGUAUCGUCGGCGGCCCCAGGACGCCCCAGCAGAUCGCGUCGCAGAAGCGGUUGCAGGCCACGCAAGCGCAAGUCGACGAGGUCGUCGACAUCAUGAAGACGAACGUGGAAAAGGUCCUGGAGCGUGAUCAGAAGCUCUCGGAGCUCGAUGACCGAGCAGAUGCACUCCAACAAGGAGCCUCACAAUUCGAACAGCAAGCGGGAAAAUUGAAGAGAAAGUUCUGGCUACAAAAUCUAAAGAUGAUGAUCAUCAUGGGUGUCAUCGCGCUCGUCAUAGUGGCCAUCAUUGUCGUGAAGUUUAUGCCGGCGGAAACGCCAGUGUCGCCGUAUCAAUAUCUUCCACCACCGGGUGCGCAACCACCGGGUGUGAAUCUGCCCGCAGCGGGUGCGCCAGCAGGAGGCACGGGAACGGCAGCAGGCACAGGAGGAACAGGGGGUGGUGGCUCAUCCGCCGCAUUUGUCAGCAAGGACGACGGUGUACACAGCAUCGUAAACGUGUAAACAACAUGAUUCGAUGGUGGUAUUUGGAAAGAAGGAAAAUUAAGAGCAGAGAUGAUGGAAUCGACCUUGACAACGACGUGUCUGCAUCCACAGAAAUAACUGGUCGACGUAUUUGCUACAAGAAUCAAUUUAUUGGGAUCGUUGACGCGGUGUAUCGAAGGGCAUUUCGAUAGAAAAAAAAACCCGAUAACUUCGUGAUCUGAACAACCCACUUCGCGCGUCAUGUCAGGAAGUUGUGAAUAUGUAUGUAUAUAUAAUAUAUUAUAUAAUACAUUAUAUAAUAUAUAAUAUAUUACAUAUAUACGUGUGUGUGUGUGUGUGUUCUUUCGAAACACCCUUCAAUCUCACCGUGUAUUUAAAUUAUUUUAAUGUCAAAUCAGUUUCUUUCAGUUCCCGAUGUGAUUUUAAUAUUGUAUAUUUGUUUUUAUUUAUUUAUUUUUUUAAAUAUUUCUUUUAUUUAAUAAGUUUAUAUACGCGCAAGUUUUCUCAAAUACAUAGUUGAGUAUAUACAUUAGAAUAUAUACAUUUUAUACUUUCACAAAUAUUCUUUCUUCGAUUGCGUUGUUUCUUACCAAUUACGAUUUUAAUGGUCAAGCUUUAAGUUGAUAUGUAUAUCGACCGAUCUUUUUAUCGCGCGGGAGAAAAAAGAUAACGAUCCGAAUAUAUUCUAGGUAAUUAGGAGAAACUUGACGGAAGCUUUAUUUUCGGCGAGAGUGUUUACACACCAAAGGUUCUCCUUUCGAGCCUGAUUUCGCUCAGCUAAUCACUAUGAAAAACAAAAAAAAAAACCAAGCAACACAGUUGUUCAAAAGAAAACACAUACACUAACACGUGUAUCAACGUAUACAUACAUGUAUAUAUUAUUACGAAUCGUCUCAAAAUGUAAAAUUAAAAAUUUAUGUGUACGUAUUAUAAAUAUAUAAAUUACACAAGAACAAUUCGUAUAUUAAAAUAUUGAACAUCGAGACAUGAUAAGUGAAAUAAUACAGGAAAUUUAUCAAGUAGAAGAGAUGCGAUGUCACACACACAAGAAAGUUCUUUUUAAGCAUAAUAGAAAAUUGCAAAAUAUUGUUCGAGAGUGCGUGAUGUGUUCGAUGCAAAUUAAACUUUUUGCCUGCGCAUCUACGAAACAUUGUCAUAGACAAUAUGAUUUUUGAAGGAACACGAACAGGACGAAUUUACUUCACUUCUGUGCGCCAAAUUCCGAUUCGAUUUUGCCGAUUGACUUAAUUGCGAGGUACAAAUCGUUAUUAUUGCGAAAACCAAUAUUUAACGUGACUUCGUAACGAACGAACAAUUCUCUAACUCCUCAUUGCACGAUUUUCUUAUCACAAAAAUAUAUAUAUUCUACUUUGUAUCUCAUAUACUCGGAAUGUAUGUUAUUUUUUAAAAUAGAACUUUACAACCAAAGAGACUUUAUAGAGAUUUAUGACAAAUUUGCUCCUUCGAAAUUGACGAACAACAAAAACUGACUCGUAAAUGUGUACCAUAUAGAAGGUAAAUAAAUUCUAGAAAGAAUAAAUUAUAUUGAUACUCUAUCACAUUAAACACACACACACACACACACAAACACAUAUGUUUCCGAUUAUUGACAUAGUAAUCAAAUAAUGUUAACUUCGCGUGUGAUAAUAAAUUUAAAUUUCAAAGUGAAUUUUGAAUUUUCUCUUAAAAAUAUUAGCAUAUGUAUUACUUGGCAAUAUAUAUAUAUAUAUAUAUAUAUAUAUAUAUAUAUUAUCUGUAUUAUAUAUAAUAGAUCAAAUAUAAUACUAUGUUCUUUAAAAGUGUGACAGAGAAGAAGAAACAGAUAUUUGUUGGUUGGCUUAUUUUAUCAUUUUAUUAUCACACUAUUGUAAUAUCUCAUUUCUGCUUGCGAAAAAUCUUUCGGCUAAACAACGCGUAUCUAAAGGUGACUUACAUCUAGAGAGUUGCUCUGUUAUUUAAGUAAAAAACAAAAGAAAAAGUUACUAUAUUCCACACGGAACUUAACAUUCUCAUACUAAUCUCCAUUAGAUGUUCAUUGAACGUCACACAUGGAGUUAUGAACGUACAUUAGACAUCUAAUGGACGCGCGUUGGGUCCGUGUUGGGUAUUAAUAUAUCGAUCGUAUUCUACAUAAUAUAUGUAUAUGUAACGGAGCACUGUGUUGCUACUUUCGACGAUCAAGUCAUAAUAAGAGUCGAAAAACUCUGUCUAUACACAUUGAUAAUAAUUAUUAAAAAAGAAGAAAGAAAAACUAAAACCUAGAAAGCGAUUUGUAAGUAUAGAAACAACUAUAGGAAAAAACGCUUUGACACAUAGGCUGUUGAAUACACUAUUGUGUACGAACAAUGAAUUUAUUAAUUGCAAUAUUUUUUGUUUCUGUUAGACGUAUAUCUCACUACAAAGAAAACAAACAACAGAUCU